AAAAGAAAAAAAAAAAUGCAUUAGAAGAUUACAUGUUGACCAGCCUCACAGAGACUUUGUACAAUCUUUAAACCACCUGGACCUGGACGAGCUGCAGCUGAGCAUUGCUGCGUCUCUCUGCACCUCUCGAGCAUGGCGCUGUUCUUACUCGGAAGACGUUUCUUAAAGUGCAGAGCUGCCAUCAAGAGAGCCAUGACAGCCUCACACACGUACUGCUCUUCAGUGACCUCCGGCAGGAAGAACGUUAAUGGAGUGGAUCUGUAUUACGAGCAGACAGGCAGAGGGAAACACCCUGUGCUGUUGCUUCCUGGAGCUCUGGGAAGCACUCGGACGGAUUUUGGGCCUCAGCUGAAGUCUCUGAAUAAGGAACGUUUCACUGUGGUGGGCUGGGAUCCCCGUGGUUAUGGACGAUCACGACCCCCAGAUAGAGACUUCCCCUCCGACUUCUUUGAAAGAGAUGCAAAGGACGGAGUGGAUCUCAUGAAGGCAUUGGGUUUUGGCAAGUUCUCUCUGCUGGGAUGGAGUGAUGGAGGAAUCACCGCUCUGAUUGCAGCAGGGAGGAACCCCGACCUAAUCAGCAAGAUGGUCGUAUGGGGAUCCAAUGCCUUUGUUUCCCAGCAUGACCUCAACCUUUACGAUGCGGUCCGAGAUGUGUCCAAGUGGAGUUCCAGGAUGAGGCAGCCCAUGGAGGAGGUGUAUGGAGCAGAAGUCUUUGCUAAAACUUGGGAGGCCUGGGUGGAUGGAAUCGCACAAUAUGCCCACAGACCAGAAGGGAGUAUCUGCAUUGAGCUUCUGCCCCUGAUCACCUGUCCGACACUGGUCAUCCAUGGAGAGAAAGACCCAAUGGUGCCCAGCUUCCACCCACAGUACCUCCUUAAACACAUCAAAGGAUCACGAUUACACCUGAUGCCAGAGGGGAAACACAACCUCCACCUGAGGUUUGCUGAUGAAUUCAACAAACUGGUGGAAGACUUUCUGGAUGAUUGACUGAUUAAUUAACUCAGCAGAAGAAGAACUACAGUGACUAAAAGGUCAUUGCAAAUAUUUACAUUAGGAUACAAAACUACAUUAAUUAUUCCUCUUCUACUCUGUUUUGAAAGAGCUCAUAAUUAAAACAUAAAUUGUUAAAAACUGAAUAUUUUUACACUAAAUUUUGAAUGUUAAUAUUUUCUGAUUACAUUUGUAUGAGGCCAGAAGUAGGUGACUUAUUGUUUCCUAUAUUAUGUGAUUCAGUAGUAUUAGUUGUAACUUUGGCUACUGACCGUCACAAGGCUGUGGAUUAGAUAUUAUAAGAUGACAUGUCCGUUACAUCAGCUGCUAACUUUGUCCAUCACAAUGAUUGCAUUAAGAUAAAGACUUAACAAAGCAGUGGCAUUAGCUGCUAACGUUGGUGAUCACAUAUAUUCCAAAAUAAACAUUUACAUCAAGA